UGUGUCUGACUCUUCUCUAUGUGUGAUAGCAAAGAAAGUCUUCAGUUUUGUUGUUGUGAGAAGGCUACCGAGAAGAGUGGAUACAGUAACAGCACAAGAAUUUCGCUUCUAUCUAUCUUCUCCUUUUUUCUAUCCGUUGCCCGGAAAACUGACUCCCCUUGCCGCAACACAAUAUAACUGGCACCACUUAGCUGCCAAGCUAACACCAUGGAUGUCGAUUUCUGGGCUUCUAGGGUUCACUCCACCAAGCACCUAACUGCGAUGCAGACUGCCAGACUCAACUCUGAAAACCACUUGAGCUUGGAUGAUUCCGAAGGAGAUGAUGACAUAAGGGCCUGGUUUCUAUGCCCUUUCUGUUUUGUAGAGAUUGAAGUCCCUGUGCUUUGUGCUCAUCUGCAGGACGAGCACUGCUUUGAUGUGAAAAAUGCAGUAUGCCCUGUAUGUGCAGCAAAUUUAGGCAAGGAUAUGAUUGGACAUUUUACAGUUCAGCAUUCUCAUUUGUUAAAGCGAAGGAGAAAAUCUCAAAGAUCAGGCCUAUGGACAAAUAGCUCAGCAAUGCUUGGCAAGGAACUACGAGAACUAAGCUCUUUUCUUGGAGUUGGUUCAACAAAUGGAAGGGUUAAUGCAUCUGAUUCUACACCUGAUCCACUGCUUUCACCAUUUCUUUGCACUGUAUCUCUUCCAAAUACCAAAUCUGACCAGGAUACAAGCUCCAGAAAUGAUAAAAUAGCCACUUCUGAUGUGAAAAGCAUGGAGCAAUCUACGUCAGAUGAAGUUUGGGAGAAGGAUUAUAAAGAGAGAAGCCAGAGGUCUGAGUUCUUUCAGCAGUUGGUCCUAUCAACCAUUUUCUAAAACCCUCUGAAACUUGAGCAGGUUAUCAAAAAAAGCACCAAAGAGAUGCAGUGAUAUCUUCGAAACACCUUGUUUAUUGCUGAUGUAUGCAUUUAGGUAGCUGCUAUGUCUGGAAGAGGGAUUUUGGUAAUAACCAAAGACCAGCAGUAUUUCCACUUUUGUAGCAAGGCAAUGUAUAUUUAUCUGUAUAUCUGUUGUAGCAGGAGUCAUAGUGUGGUGUAGCAAGUACUCAGUAGAUAUAUACUCUCAUCAGCACUGAUGCUCCUUUAAAUCUUUGCUUUC